AUGCGCGUCCCGGCAGUGUUGACCGCAGUUCUCUUGGCGGCGGCGCUGGAAGCUGCUCCUGCGCCGGAGCCCGCACUGGGGGUGGGGGCCGUCCUAGGCGCCCUCGCGUUCGGAGGGGGCCUCCUGCUGGGCGCGAAGACCUUCGGCGGCGGCUAUGGCUACGGCGGCGGCUAUGGCUACGGCGGAGGCUGCUACAGCUGCGGCUGCGGCGGCUGCGGCGGGCACUGCGGCUGGUGCGGCGGCAACUACGGCGGGGGCUACGGGCACGGCUACGGCUACGGAAGGAGGCGCAGGAGCGUAGACGACUUCCUUGACGACGAAUUGGUGCAGUCGGUCUUCCGGAAGGCCUCCGAAGAGGACGUCGAGGGCUGCGGCCUCCGCCUGGUGUGCGAGCUGGCGCAGAAGGACCCGCGGGAGCUCGCCCGGGACGAGAUGCAGAUCCUCCUGCCUUUCCGCGGCCUGGGGCAGAGCGACGGGAGUGCCUAUGGUGACUACGACGAGGCGGCGUGGCACGGGCAAGAGGGCCAUUCGUGCCAAGACCAGUAUGACGAGUGCCACCUCAGCAGCCUCCAGAUGAUGGGGAUUCUGCACCAGAUGGGGAACUUUACCAUUACUCUGUAGAGAGACAGAGAGCGAGAGAGAAAGACAGAGUGACAUAGAGGGGCAGAGAGACAGCACAUUUUACCAUUACUUUGUAGAGAUAGAGAGACGUAGAGAGCAAGAGAAGGAGACAGAGUAACAGAGAGAGAUACAAAGAAAAAGAGGAGCAGAGAGAGACAUAGAAUGAGACUUAGGAGGGAAGGGGGACAGGGAGAC